AUGCCGCAGGCAUACGAAGCCGUCGUUGCCGUCUAUGUAAUCAAUCCCGUUGAUCUUACCGGACUGACGGUAACCCUUUUUGGGAGGUCUCGCACAGCUUGCGAUUGUCGGAUUCUCGUCAAAUUGAGAUCCUGUGCUAUGAAACCUUACUACGCUGCGGAACAGCGAUACUCCAAACUCAUCCUCACUCUCCCGACGCGGACAUUUCUCAGGCCCCACCGACGCACAUUGUUAUCAAACGCUCAAGCAGAGCUCCUUCCGUGUCAUGCUUUUUUGUCUGCGUGUUUGAAGCUGCACAGCACUUGUGCAGGCGCGCACUAUGCAUCCCAAUACUAUUUAUUCCAUCGUCAAGUCCUUUCGAAGCUGUUUCACAUCGAUAAGCGCGGUGGUACAGACGCAAAGAGUGGCCUUGUGACUCGAGGGAGGGUUCAGCUGGGGAUGCCUGAGAAGGAAUUCACUACGCCUGUUUGUUUCACAUUACUAUUGAAGCUAACUUCUCCAUGCUCGAUCAAUUCAAACGGGCAACCGUCUAGACAACUAUUAAACUAUUCGUAUCUUGGCAGCUGGACACAUCAAUCAAAGAACCUGGUCGCUAAACUCUGUGGCCGACGGUGUCCUUACCUAUUCGCUGUUGAGUCGAUAUUAUUGGCAGAGCGCGCUGUGCUUGAUGCGCCGAGCCCUACCGCCACAAUUUAA